AUGGCAGUCCACAAUCACCCAUUGGAACCCAUAGCCAUUCCCAGCGCUGUGCCGGUGCUCCCGGCACUGCCGCCCUCCAGCAGGUCCCCCAAGCACCCCCGUCGUGCCAAACGAACCCUGUACACCUCCAUUUCCCAGCAGUCAUUGCAGCGGCUCCAGCAGUACUACCCCCAUCCACUCAGCGACGAGUACGUGCCAGCAGGACUCUACGAAUGCGAAGUCCACGACGGCAUCACCAGCCACCCCGACCCGUUCUACUCCGACGACGACAGCGACGAGCUGUUCAGCUCGUGCUCGUCGGUGUCGUCGUCCUCCGUGGCCAAGUCAGCGUCUUCCUACGACUUCCGUGCGCCUGGCAGUGUUUCCAGCGUCUCCACCGCCAACACCUCCGUCAGCACCAUCAGCCCGCCGCACGUCCUCUGCAUCUCGCCUCCCCAUACCUCGAUCCACAUCACACCCGUCACCGCCCACGAAUUCCACCCCACCAGUCCUCCCGUGCUGACGUCGCCGUCGUCAGACGCCCUUGCCCACCUCCUUCGGGAGCGCCUGAAGAAGACGUUUGUUUCCAACCUUUCGUCCAGCUUCAAGACAUGGAAACACUCGUUUUCCACCAACUGGCUUCCCUACUCCUUGUCGCCUCGCAUGACCGACGACCUCAUCCCCCCUAGCCCUACACCCGAUUCGGAGGCCCAGGAACUCAUCACCUUCAAGGCUAAGCCAUGCGUGCCCCAGGACCUCCUCUAUACCCGCAAAAGCUUCAAGAGUAGGGACCAGCGCAUCAACUCGGCGUUUCUCCGGUUGUACGCCGCCGAUUUCCACGCAAGAACGGUGACGCGAACCCUACCCAACACUUCUUACGACGCCUCCAACCAGGACCACACCGAGCUCGCGUCCAUGGUGGAAUCCAAUCCCCUGCUCAAAAACUUCCACUAUCAUCACAACAUCUACCGCGUGUCGUCGAUGUCGCGCGACAAGUUGUGGAACAGCAUCAUUCUCCCACCCCGCGCUGACGACAGCCCCCAGCAUUGCAUCGAUUACUCCACGUAUAUUUACAUCGGAGACGACUCCUCCCACAACGUCUCCUCGGUCAUCCGCCCCUCGGGCAAAAACUACAUGCCGUGGUGCUCCAGAAGUGGUAAUAAUACCUCAACCUUCACUCCUGCGGGCACCAAGAGAAACGGCCCCGUUAUGCUCAAUGGCUUGGCUCCCAGCUCGGGGGUCACCAAGACCCAGUUCACCGUCAAAGGAUGGUGCAAUCCUCGGUGGACGCUGAACCAGCAUAUUCCCACGUCCUAUCGUUCAUAG